GCAGUUGUGAUAUUGAUGAAAUAAUGGAGAUUUAUUAGAGGAAUUCAAUGGAUCCACAGCCUUCACCACCGCCUACUCCUCUUGGAAACUUGGAAUUUCGGAUCUGCUGUCUUCUCUCUUCCCUGCCGCCGGCCAUAGCUUGGUGUGAGUUCGGUUUUCCUGUGGCCCCGUGGAAGCCCUCCAAGUUUCCCGCCGGCUCUUCCCUUUACCGUCAGCUCCAGCUUUGCUUGUUGAGCAUUUCUGGUCCUUGAUUGCCCUGUGGUCUUAGCACUUGGAUUAGGCCUCCUGUUCUGCGUGACUAAGGUAGUGAGACCCGACGCGUGGAAAGCUCGGGGGAGUGACGAGCUAGACGGCUAGGCAUUUUUGGAGUUAGUUCUGUAGCUAGGCCGUUAGUCACCCAUGCUGACUUAGGACUUUUGUGUACAGAACUUAUGUAGUUGUAGUAAGGAUUGUAUAAAUAAAUUAUAACUCUUUGUACACUUUGACAGGUAAAUGUGUAGAAAGAAAAUGAAAUUAGAUAUGACCUGAAUUAUCUGAAUUGGUAGCAUGAACUUAGUAGGUUUCGAGCCUUGUGCACUGUGGGACCCGUUCCCGAGUGCACGGCGUCUGUUUUGCUCCCGGUUUGGGGCGUGACAAUUUAUCA